AUGUACCUGACAGCUACACCUCCUCCAGCUUUCUCUUUACCCAACAAUUCUCCACCAACACGGGCGCGUGACCUCAUGAAAAUCCCCAAACUACCCUCAAACUCUGUUUUUUUUUCCUUGAUUAAAGAGUCUUCCUUCGUGUUUUUCUUGUUUUCAUUCCUUCCAAAUAUCUAUCUCUUUUGUUUCUUCUUCUUCUUCUCCUCUGCUUUUGGAAUCAUUAUAGUGAUAAGAGGAGAUGGCGGAUAUAACAGAAUAUCUAGAGAGAUCGAUGCAGAAUUGUUCACUUAUUGAUCGGAGAAGUAGUAUGGGAGAUGGAUUUGGUAUGAGCGAUGAACAUAUCCCGAUCUCAGAUAGAUUCUUGGAGCUCAGUUCUCACUUCUCUGUUCCUUCUCAUUUGGAACAGUGUCUUGAUCUUAAGACAGGAGAGAUUUACUACAGAAGCUGGAAUAGUGGAAUGAGAGUGAAAGAAGAUCCGAGAAAAUCGAUGAGUCGUGGUAACUAUGCAGACCAAUCCAGUGGUGAAUCGUCUGGAACAGUUUUUUCAUCAGAAGAAGUUAGCUCGUAUUAUGAAAGCGAAGAGUCUUCAUCAGAGUCGUCUCCUUCAUCAAGAAAGUAUCACAAAGAGGAACAAGACGAAGAUGUUCUUGUGGUAGCUGGUUGCAAAGCUUGUUUAAUGUAUUUCAUGGUACCUAAACUCUUUAAGGAUUGCCCCAAAUGUGCAACUCAGCUUCUCCACUUUGAUCAACUUCACUCUACUUCUCCUUGAACCUAUCUUUCGUUGUUGAUUUUUUUCUCAUUUCAUUUUCAGUUUUCUUCACAUAGAUUUGAGGGUUGUCUUCUCUCUUUUUGUCUUUUAAUCUCUUAACUCGUAUAUGUAUAAACUAGUGUUCGUGUUGUGGCAUUAUAUUUAAAGACAAUGUCUCAAAGUUGUUGGAAAAGAAAAAAACAACAACAUGGAUUAGUGAAAAGCAGAUCAGACUGUGUAAACUAAAU